AUGUCCUGGUCAUUCACUGACACGCCCUUGAAUGCUUUGGAGUCGUUGACGCUGGAUGAUACCCAUGACAACCAGCGGGGUCGGUCGACGAAUCGUGAGGCUUCGGCUAGAUCCUCUGGCAUACCCAUCGACGCUUCCUUUGUCUCUACCGACCCUGGUGCCGAGACAGCGUCCAGUGGUGUGCACGUCUUUGUUCAGCCAUCUUGGUCUUUCAACUCAGCGGCGCGAGAGUCGCCGGAUCCCGCUGACGACUCUGUUGAUCAUUCAUUCGCCUCUACGACCUCUGCUGGAGAGACACCAUCUAGAAACCUUUAUGUUUUUGGCCAAUCACCUAGGAGGCAUGCUUCUCCAUCACCCACGCCAGCUGGAAGAGCACAGGACGGGAGUGAGCCCUUCACAUUUCGAUCGCUUCACAAUGUCACACCUGAGCCACCGCGAUUCGUCCCUCCUCCUGUAUCGUUCAGCCCACUCCCCCGGCCAUCGAGCCUGGCGCCCAUGCUGAGUCCAUCUCCACGACUCCAAGAGCCGAGCACACUUUCAGUUCGUUCUCAGCCUGCCGCAACCACUCCUGCGUCGGACUCAGCCCCUCGUGUCCAUUCGUCUUCAGCAUCAAGCCAAGAGAACCCAAGAUCACCCGUGGCUACAACCACAGGCGAUACCGUCAGUCCAGCUGCAGUUGUCCAGCCUUCACCACAACCCAUUCCAUACGAUGCCAAAGAUGAACCGGCGCCAGCUCAUGCGCUUUUCACGUCGACCUUCCAGGAUGCUCUGAAAGACGGCCGCAAGAUCGCUCAAGGUGCUGUUGCUGCCAUAGAGGCCGCAAUCGGAACGGGCACGGCAGAGCCUGAUGAUUUGCUACGCAAGCUUAUGCAAGACGCAAAAGGCUUGACAAAAUUCGAAGGCACUGACACGCGCGCAAUCGCCGUGUUAGGGGACUCAGGAGAAGGUAAUGACGCUGGCUCUGCAUGCACCGCUGUCGUAACCGAGUAUCGCCAGAAAAAGGCAGAGCAUACCGCCCCGAUCACGAUCGAGGUUGACUAUUUCUCAGCCUCUGAGAUCGCCGUCCUCGUACGUGAGCUUCUUUACAGCUAUAGGCAGUUAGAUCUCCCGUUGGUUCAAUCGCUGGAGGACACCUCGGAAGAGGUCUAUGCCAAGUGUGAACGGGAAUCGGCAAACGCUUGGUCUCUUCUGGAAGCUGCUUUCAAGCACAAGCCACAGUUCACUAUGUCCUACGCCCGGGACACAUCAGAUGGCGCAUUGGAAAGGAUAUCCAGCCAACUGAUCCAAUGGGCGAACGAACUUGAGUGGCCGAACAAUGGGCAAGAAGGUCGCUGGGUCGCCACCGCUACCACAGCCGAAGAUUGUGUGGAACAGACUAAGCAGUUUGCCCACGACAAGUACUGGCCCUUUACCAAGAUCAUCCGGUAG